UCAUGGCGGCAGAAGCAGCAGCCAAAGUGAAAUCGAUCUUCCUAUAUCCGAUUAAAUCGUGCAGGGGUAUCUCUGUUUCAGAAUCACCCAUCUCUGCCACCGGGUUUAGAUGGGAUAGACAAUGGAUGGUUGUGAAUUCCCGAGGCAGAGCUUGUACUCAAAGAGUGGAUCCAAAGUUAGCUCUAGUUGAGGUAGAGCUACCUGAUGAUGCAAUAUCAUUGGCUUGGAAGCCAAACAAGAGCUCCUACCUAGUGAUAAGAGCACCUGGGAUGGAUGAGCUGAAGGUCUCAUUGUGUAAACCACCUCAAACAUGUGAUGGUGUCUCGGUUUGGGAAUGGUCAGGAUCUGCUUUGGAUGAGGGAGAUGAAGCCUCCAAGUGGUUCACCAAUUAUCUUGGCAAGCCCAGUCGGUUAGUGCGUUUUAACGAAGAGUCGGAGACUAGACCUGUGGACCACAAUUAUGCUCCUGGAUUCCGAGUUAUGUUUUCUGAUGGAUACCCAUUCCUUUUAGUGUCUCAGGGAUCUCUAGAUGCAUUGAAUGAGCUUCUCAAGGAACCUGUACCAAUAAACCGAUUUAGACCAAACAUUCUGGUUGAUCGUUGUGAACCGUUUGCCGAGGACUUAUGGAAGGAGAUUAAAAUAGGAAAUUUAGCAUUUCACGGUGUCAAGCUUUGCUCCCGCUGUAAGGUGCCCACAAUUAAUCAGGAAAAUGCAGUUUCAGCUUCUGAGCCGACUGAGACUCUUGUGAAGUUUCGUUCUGGAAAAGUGUUAAUUCCAGGUCGAAAGGGGCAAGCAAUGGUGUACUUUGGGCAAAAUAUGGUAUGUGAGGAUUUACCCGAAGGAAAUGAACAUAUCAUCAAACUCGGAGAUCCUGUGUACGUUAUCAACACAUUCGCAUCGUAUGAGGAUACAUCAACUUAAAUUCUUGUAGAACAAUUGUGUGUGAGUUAUCAUUUUAGUACUAGUAAUCUUGGUGACUUAUAAGUAUUCAGUGAAAUAAAGAAUCAAAAUGCACCAACUUCGAACUAAACCCUUUCAAUGUAAUACUCCCAUGAAUGCUCUCUAUCUUGAGUCCCCGUUUAUUCCCAUUUUCGGGUUUUGUUAAACCGGCUACCUUUUGAUAUUGCUCAACGUUGCCCUCUAUUGAAUGUGAAAAAGUGAUCCUUGAGUUC